AUGAUCUUCGAGUGGAGGUGGAGGGUUCCAGAAGGAGACGGCGAUCAACGGAAGAAAGGAGCCCCUUGCCACCCGCCGGGUACGAAUUCCAUGCCCAAUCGCCAGAGUCCAAAUGCCGAAUUGUUCGAAAUCCAAGACCAAAAUGCCCCGUGGCAAAGGAAUCCGCGACCGCACAAAUGGGGCGGGCGUUUAAUCUCCGACCCCCCUUUCGUCAGGUUUAUUGAUCUAUUGGCCUAG